UGCUAAAGGUCAUAAAACGAGCUUAGUUUAUUCUUCAGAGUUGGACUGUGUAGCGGUGUAUAUUGCUUUAGGACUGUGCUGCGUCCUAGGCGGUUAAUAUGCAGAAGGAGUGAGAUGUGAAUUGGUGCGGAGUUUUAAAUGGGAAAUCUGCUGGGCAGCCAGAGGUACAGGGAACCAAGUACAGUAGAGGAAUGUGACUCGACCUGGGAGACAGACUCGGAGAGCGAGGAACUGCAGGACUGUCAACCCGGAGACCACAUCAACAUCACGGAGCCUAGCAGCCACAACGAACCAGAUUCCAAAGAAGGGGGCGAAAAUAUCAACUUACAGAAUAAAGACACACGGGAUUCUACACCCAAACUGAAGAGGAGCUUUUAUGCUGCCAAAGACUUAUAUAAGUAUCGUCAUAGUUACCCUAACUCUAAAGAACACAGACAACUUAGUGAUUACCAAAACCUGAGGUUCUACUUGAAUACAAUUCCAUUGGUCCCUGAUGGUAUUUAUAUUGAAGAAAUUCUCACUAAGUGGAAAGGAGACUAUGAAAAACUGGAGCAUAACCACACCUACAUACAAUGGCUUUUUCCAUUACGAGAACAAGGCUUGAAUUUUUAUGCCCAAGAACUAACUCAGGCUGAGAUUAAGGAAUUUCAAGGUACCAGGGAAGCCAAAAGACGAUUUCUUGUGGCGUACACAGUGAUGCUGGAUUUCUUUGGAAUAAAACUACUGGACAAAAAUGGAACUGUUGCCCGGGCUGCAAACUGGCAGGAUAGGUUUCACCACUUGAAUGAAUCUCAACACAAUUAUUUACGAAUCACCCGCAUUUUAAAAAGCCUAGGUGAGCUGGGAUUUGAGAGUUUCAAAGCCCCUCUGGUGAAGCUGUUGCUGGAGGAGGCUCUUGUUGAGGAGACCAUGCCCAACAUGAUACACAGCGCCCUGGAGUACUUUGUUUACACCAUCCGGAACAGAAAGGAGAGAAGAGUCUUGCUGCGGUUUGCUGAGCUGCACUACCAACCUCCUGAACAUUUCAUCUGGGGCCUGCCGAAGAAGAGGAAACCCGGUGCCAAAAUGAAUUGCACUCAAGAGAAAAAUACAGCCAGGGCUAAACUCACAAGGGAGGCCGUGGCAAAAAACACUGCUUUUCUGCAUAUUGGCGGUGACAGCAGCACAUGGAAAACUGAAAAUAACAGGAGUGACAAAACAGAGAAUGAGAAUCAGGCAAAAACAGCUAGCCCAGCUAGUACAGAUGGGCAAGUCUGCAAAACAGAAGAAAAAUCUGUUUCAGGGGGGGAGCGGGCUUCAAAGAAUGGGAAAGCAUCUGUUGCAAAUAAACCGAAACAAGCUAACACUUUCAAGAAGAAACCAGAGCAAGGGGGAAGGGUAGAAAAGCAAAAUCAGAAAUGAAAAAAAAAAAAACUUUGAUCCGAUGUCUGUGCAGUAUUAGUCCUCUCCCGGGCAUCCCAGCAAAGAAAGUAUUAUUUUUCUGGACAAUAAGAUGACUGUAGCAAUACCUGUUCAAUGCCUUGCACCUUUGAAAAAGUGAAGACAGGCAGAAACAGCAGCUUACAGUGCUGCAGAACACAUGCAAAGUUUACAAGAAACACAUUACCUUGCUUUUGCUGUUUUAAACAUAUUUAUGUGUAACUAAAAAAAUAUCUAAGCUAUCAGGAAAAUUGCUGCGAUAUGGACAACACGGGAUAGGGCAAAGGUAAUGUGUUUCUUUUAAACACUGCAGGGGGUUCUGUAAUGC